AUGUCCAUCCCAGCGUUCUCAGAUAUCGCAAAAUCCUCAAACGACUUGCUGAGCAAGGACUUCUACCACCUGUCUGCAGCAGCUAUCGAGCUCAAGAACACCACCCCCAACAAUGUUGCCUUCAAGGUGACUGGCAAGAGCACACACGACAGCGCAACAAGCGGUUUGCUGGAGGGCAAAUACACGGACAAAUCUUCCGGUAUAUAUUUCAAGCGAUUUACAAUCCAUUCGGAUUUCCCCUCUGGCUCUUAUAGUCCCAUCGAUUUCUUGCUGGACUAUAGUCAAGGACAAGCACAUUUACUAAUGUUCUAUCGCCGCGCAGGCACAACAAUCACUCAAUCAUGGAACACUGCCAACGUUCUUGAUACCAAGCUUGAGCUCAAUGACACUAUUGCCAAGGGUCUGAAGGCCGAGUUCUUGGGCAACUUCCUGCCUGCCACCAAGGCCUAUGGCGCAAAGGCAAACUUCCACUUCAAGCAGCCCAACUUCCACGCCCGUGCUUUCUUCGAUAUCAUCAAGGGCCCUACCGCCAACGUCGAUGUUGUUAUUGGUCAGGAUGGUUUCUUGCUCGGUGGAUCUAUGGGCUAUGAUGUCGCGAAGGCAGCGCUUACCAGCCACUCUCUUGCUGUUGGAUACUCGGUUCCUGCAUACACUGCAUCUAUCACUGCGACCAACAACUUGAGCGUCUUCUCUGCUGCAUACUACCACAAGGUCAACGCGCAGGUCGAGGCUGGUGCGAAGUCUACCUGGGACUCGAAGGCCGGUAGCCAGGUCGGUCUUGAGGUUGCCGCCAAGUACAGACUGGACCCUGUUUCAUUCGCCAAGGUCAAGAUCAACGACCGCGGUGUCGCAGCCGUCGCCUACAACGUUCUCCUCCGCCCCGGUGUGACCCUCGGCCUUGGCGCCUCCUUUGAUACCCAGAAGCUCGACCAAGCUACCCACAAGGUCGGCACCUCCUUCACCUUCGAAGCAUAG